AUGAACAUAUCGCAGCUGGAUAUACCACAGUUUGUUGUUAUUCAUGACAAGAUACACAAUACAUAUAAACAUCCAGUCAUUCACUAUGUGUUUGAAGACGAAGAUUUCCCUCUUGAUAUACCAAAAGACAAUGUUAUCUUGGUGGAGCUCGACUCGACUGCUUCUCAACUUAAAUCUGUAGAUAGCUAUAGUGCUAAUUUCCAAGUAACCGACUGUGUAUUAGAACAGAGUCAAAUGAGUGAUCAGUUUGACGAAGAUGCGAGCUUGUUGAAUUUGACGAUUGAAGGAAUAUCAGCUCGAAAACUUAAGGAAGAUAUUGAAGGUAUUCAGCCGAUUAAGAAUCUCGAUAACUUAAGAGAACAGCUUCAUAGCUACAAAACCAGAAAUGAAAUCAUCAAGAAAGUCUUUUCAUCACCGCAAACAGAUCCACCUCUUUCAGAAAACUAA